AGUUUCCCCAUUUUUCCUACUUUUCAUACUAAUAUUGUUUCCUUGUCUUAGCCAUGCUACUACUCAUCAAAUCAAUACUGAUGAAUCUGCACUUCUUGCUUUCAAACCCCUCAUCCCUUCAAAUCCUGACAAUAUUUUGAAAAAUAAUUGGACCGCGGGAACUUCUAUUUGCACAUGGUUAGGAGUUACUUGUGAUUCGCGUUAUAAUAGGGUGACUUAUUUAGAUCUCUCGCAUAUGGGACUCAAUGGGAGCAUUCCACCAGAAAUCGGAAAUCUUUCUUUUCUUGUUUCUCUGGAUUUGAGUUGGAACCGUCUUCAUGGUGGCCUACCAAAGGACAUUUGCAUCCACAACAAACUUCCAAGACUCAAAGAACUUCAGCUAACUUUCAAUCAUUUGGAAGGAGAGAUACCAGUGACCUUGGGUGAAUGUCAACAACUCGAGAUUCUUGACUUGUCAUACAACAAGUUUGGUGGACAUGUGCCUCAAGAAAUCGGUAACAUCACACGCCUUACAAAAUUAGACCUUCAUUGGAACAAUCUAUCAGGUACUAUUCCGAAAGAGAUUGGCCUUCUUAGUAAUUUAGAGUUUAUGGAUUUAGGGUCCAAUAAACUUAGCGGAUCCAUCCCAAGAGAAGUGGGGAACAUGACGGCUCUUAUCCGCUUAUGGCUUGACAGUAAUAGUUUAAGUGGUAAUAUUCCUAGAGAGAUUGGUGGUCUUAAUAAAUUGGAGAUGAUGUGGUCGGAUGAUAACAAACUUAGCGGAUCAAUCCCAAGAGAAAUGUGGAACGUGACGACUCUGCUCCAGUUACGGAUCAAGAAUAAUUCUUUAAGUGGAACCAUGUCUCAAGAGAUUGGCCAUCUUGAUAGUUUGGAGUGGUUGGACAUGAGUUAUAACAAGUUUUCAGGGCCUUUGCCAACAUCCAUUUUCAAUAUGACUUCUUUGGAAGGGAUUCAACUGUCAAGUAAUACAUACUCUGGGGCAUUGCCUUCGGAAAUUGGGAACAUGAAAGCUCUCCGAGACUUAUACCUUGACAACAAUGUUUUAACUGGUAAGAUUUCUAAUUGUUGUAUUUUAGCUAUGAAUAUUCCACGUUUUCAUAUUGCAUUAUAGGACUAAUAUGAAACAUGCAAUGCAUUUUAAUAGUAAAACAGUAGAGUAGUCUUAGUUGAUAAGGAAA